UUUAUUUAUGCACAUUUUAGCCAUUUUAGGCAAACUGCGAAGUGAUUUUUAAACAUUUUUCAUGAUUAAGAAUAAAGGAAGUGAAUAACUGGGCCCUGAUGUUAAUUUCUUUGAAUAACAGAUGGGUUUUAAUAAAUAAUUCCCAUUCGUUUCGGACAAAAGAACUAUUAAAUGGUAAACGAACUACUAACUUCAAGAUUGUUGUCAUGUUUUAUAGGUUAUCGACGUGGAACUUUUAAUAACAUCCUUAGUUUUAUAAUUACUUACAAAAAUAUGGCUCCAAAACACAAAAGAAAUGUUGAAGAUAUUUUGGCCCGAGUCAACUUCCCUCUGUUUACUUUGCAAAUGUUAACAAACAGGCAUGUUUUAGUAGGAGGCGGCGGAGGGUCAUCCAAAACUGGUGUCGCUAAUGGCUUUGAAAUAUUUGAGCUAUCACACGACGGCCGCAAAUUCCUUGUAGAAGAAGUAACAAGACAUGAAACUGGCCCAAAUGUAGUUAUGAAUUGUGCUGUGUUUAAUGAUAGUAAACAUUCAUAUUUAGUAGCAGGACAGGAAAGUCAUUGCCAAUUAUAUCAUGUUAAUACCGAACUCAUCACUGAAGAAAAUGGGAUGGUUCAAAAUAUAGGGAAUGGCAAUGAAGAUCUUCAUCAAAGGAAGUCGAAAGUUAAAGAUAAAACAGAUAAUAAUAAAAAUGUUCACAAGAAAUUAAAAUUCGUGCUAAAUCCAUCAGAUAGUGUUCAAACUGACUUUAAUGGGCUUGAACCAUUGUGUAGAGUAUUACGGGUUCAUUGUAAUGGAAAAAUUAUUGCAACAGGAGGCACAGAUGGUGAUGUCAGAAUCUGGCGGUUUCCACAUUUACAACCUUUAGCAAAACUAAAAGCGCAUAGUAAAGAAAUAGAUGACCUAGAUUUCAGUCAGUUUGGAAACUAUUUAGUGUCUGUAGCUAAAGAUGGAUUUGCUAUAUUAUGGGACUAUGUAAAGGGAACUGAAAUUACUCGCCUGGGCUGGAAACAACCUGAAGGCUCAAAGUAUUUGUAUAAGAGAUGCAGGUUUGGUCUAGUUGAAGGUGAAAAGAGCAAAUCCACAUUGUAUAUGCUAGCAAAUCCUACUGGAGUUGCCAAGAAGCAAAAAUCUUACCUUCAGCAAUGGAUACCUGAAGAAGCUACAAUUAAAAAAUCUGCAGAAUUUGAUGAAAGCCUCUCUGCUCUUGCAGUUAGAGAUGAUGGUAGAUUUGUAGCAGUGGGCACCAUGUUCAGUGGUUCUGUUUCUAUUUAUAUAGCUUUUAGUUUACAGAAAGUGCUAAAUGUGGCUGGUGCACAUUCUAUGUUUGUUACUGGAUUAGAAUUCCUUCCUGUUUCAAAUUUAGAAAAUUAUACCAUAUGUAGUGCGGCUGAGGCUGCUGUUUUGUCUAUAUCUGUAGAUAACCAAGUCUGCAUACAUACUCUGCCAUAUCGAAGAACAAUGCCCUUAUGGAUGGGAAUAGUAAUAUUAAUUUUCACUCUGUUCAUGACAUUUUUGUUUUGUUCAUACAUAGGUUUGUAAUUACUUUAUUAUUAUUUAUUUUUACUGUCACUUGUAACUGUGUAAAAAAACUCACAAUAAUAAAAAAUAGACUCA